AUGCCAGAAUUCAACAGAGACGAGAAUAAAUGUGUUAUAACGGGAAGGCGGCGCAUGCUUCCCUGCGGGAUCUACUAUGCAGUCUCUAUAGCCACGCUGGGGCUGUUUCACGUUUUGUGCACGUUUUUCCCCAGAGUGCGGCUGUAUUUUGAAACGAAGCUGGCAUCAGUUGGAGAUGCCGACAUCUUAAUAUGCAAUGGAAAAACCUCCGAAGUGCGCGAGGAGGGCGUUGGGCCCGAGGAAAUAUCGGAUCUAAUAUAUGAGUAUGUGAAAAACGACAAGUACAGGUACGCUCUUGUAGAGGGCAGUCGCUACGUGUACAGCUGGCUGACCGACGACUACCACCCAACCAAGGAUAUAAAAUGCAUCGAGUCUCUUACAAGAAAAGAGAAAGAAAUACUUUUUGGGAAAAAUGAGCUGCCAUCCCAGAAAACCAACACUCUUUUAAUAUUUUUUCACGCGCUCUUUGAGGGGGUAAAUGUCUACACAAUUUUUGGAAUUAUUUUAUGGAUCCACAUAGAGUACUAUAUAUAUGCGUUUAUAAUAUUUUUGCUCAUGGGGUACAACCUUAUGAACGUGGUGAUAACAGAAAAAAACAAAAGCAUGCAGUCGGAUGAGAUCUCAAGGUCAAAGAAGACCUGCUUUUUGCUGGAGAACGGCGUGAUUUCUUUGAUAAAGGAAACCGACGUGGUUCUGAACGACUGGCUUGUGCUGUUCCCACACAGCGAGGUGCCGUGCGAUGCCAUUGUUGUGGAGGGAAGCGUGGCUGUUGAUGAGGGGUUUGUGACGGGAGAGUCUGUGCCCAUUCUGAAAAAAGAAAACGCAGAGGUUCUGGCAGGGUCUAUUGUGUUUCAGUCCACGCUGGAGAGGCCGCAGCGCGCCCUCAUAUCUGCCCCCCAGGAGGUAGAGAGGUAUCUCGAGUCAAACAACUACUGCAUAGUGAGGGCCAUUAGAAUUUCGUACAACUCUGCAAAGGGAAAGGCCUUUAAGAGCCUGGCGGAAGAGAAGGUCAUAAAGCCGCCUGUGUACUUUGACACCGUGAAAAUUAUUGGAGUCAUUUCUAUCAUGCUUAUCCCAUGCAUGGCUUCUGUGUUCGUGUACCUGUACAAUGAGCUGCCAAUGAACAAGCUCGUGGCGUACAUUUUCGACCUGGUGUACUCUCUUGUGUCUCCGUCCCUUCCAACGGCAAUAAUGGUUGGAAUGUCCAUUUGCGCAAGCCGCCUGAUGAAAAAGAAAAUUCAGUGCAAAAACAUUUCAAUAUCGAACAUCUCGGGAACAAUCACAAAGGUGUGCUUUGACAAGACAGGGACGCUGACCGAAGAAGGGCUCGACAUAAAGUGCAUAAACAUCAACGGACAGGAGGUGUUUUCCAUUGAAGAGGUCGACGACCCGGUCAUCAAGGCUGGGCUGUGCCUGUGCCACUCGGUCGAGAAAAUAGGCGACAAACACAUUGGUGACCCGCUGGAUGCGAAAAUGCUUCAGUUCACAGCAGGAUCUGUGGAAUACUCAACAAAAAACCAGAGGGUCCAGAAAACGGUCUUGAUGGGGGAAAAAAGGAUAGGCACCAUUGGCGAGACGUUUGACUUUGACUCAAAUCUAAGAAGAAUGUCGACAAUCUCGGAGAUGGAGGACGGGCAAAUCUAUGCGUUUGCAAAAGGCUCGGCCGAGACCAUCCACGCGAUAUCCAACAGCAAGCACAAAAUAGAAGAAAACAUGGCAAUUGUGGACGGGUAUGCAAAGGACGGGUACAGAGUUAUAACCUUGGCUGGAAAGCCCAUAGACAAGAGCACAAAAGACAGAGAGGCCGUGGAGUCUGAGCUGGAGGUUCUUUGCAACGUGGUAUUUGAAAACAAGCUGAAGAGAAAGACUGCAGACACCAUAGAGAUUCUUACACGCGCAGGCCUGUCCAACAUAAUGUGCACAGGCGACUCUUUGCUCACCGCGGUGUCAGUGGCAACCCAGUGCGGAAUAAUCGAGCAAUACGCUCCUGUGAUAUACCCAAAGUUUGCAGGGCCGGGCAGGGCAAUAGAAAAUGUAGAGUGGGUGUGCAUCAAUGACGACGUGGUCUUCGACAAGGUUUUGAUGAAGGUCAAAAAGGGGCGGGACUACAGCUCGUACAUUGACUAUGUGAUUGCAAUUGAAGGGUCGCUGUUUGAGCUUUUCAUGCAGUCCUAUGAAUACAAGCAGCUUCUUAUGAGGAGAUGCAAGGUGUUUUCGCGAAUGAACCCAAGCCAAAAAAGCGCAGCUGUGGAAAUGUAUAAAAAGACUGACCUGGUGUGCUUUAUGGGCGACGGCGCAAACGACUGCAACGCAAUAAACAUGGCAGACGUGGGCAUUUCCCUGUCAAACUCAGAGGAGGCACUGAAGUACUGCUUUUCGUCGUACCUGUCGAACACAAAGGAGAUUUCCUGCAUCCUAGACAUAAUAAAAGAGGGAAAGUGCGCCCUGGUCACCACAGUGUGCAAAAUAGAGCAAAUCCUGAUCAUAACUAUAUCGCAGUUUUGCGCGCUGCUCAUUCUCCUGUUCAAUGGACUGUUUAUGUCGGACACACAGAAUAUAUACGUUGAUAUUUUCAUAAACAUCCCGCUGUCCAUUCUCAUGAGCCGGUUCAAGCCUGCUAAGAGGCUGUCCAAGAAAACGCCCAAGAAGAAGCUUCUCAGAAAAAGCGUGAUCAGUGGGAUGGCUAUCCACUGCCUCACGCACACUAUGCAUCUGUUUAUUCUGACAAGGUACCUAAAGCACUUGGGGCACACUGGCUUUGUUCCCCCCGAGCCCGAAAAGCUUUCAGAAACGUCGCAGCUGGCCACGGGAAUAUUUAUAAUUUCGAAUAUACAGGCUCUGUACUCGGGGAUGGUGUACGCGCCGGGCGCGCCCUUUAGGCAGGGAAAAGGCAAGUGCAGGCUGUUCAUUUGGUUUUACAUAUGCCACUUCACUGCAAUUUCCAUCUUUCUGGUGGCAGUCAGCAACACCUAUGUCAGCGACAAGUACUUUGUCUGUGUAAAGAGCAGGAAAAUAUUUAACCUGCAGCCCCUUUCUGUAAACGCAGUUCUGUGCAUAGUGGGGUUGGCAGCUUCAGACUCGCUUAUUAUAGAGCUGGUGUCGAAGCUGACCAAAGUCCUGCUGGCCAGCUAG